CUUCAAGUCUAGCUGCACGUACACGAGAGUGGAGUUGGAGUCGUCGGCUUUUUUUCGUGGCGCUCUUUUUUUCGGUUUCUGGCAAACGGCGGCUAUUUUUCCACCACCACCAUUACCCACCUUAACCCAACCGCCCAACGUUCAAAAUUGUGAUAUCAAAAAGAAAAAAUUCUAACAAAAUUUCAAAUCUAAAGUGUAUGGAAUACCAAAUAUAACACUGUCAUUUAUGAAAAGGUUAUAUUUGUAAAAGAAUUAAGAAAGUGCUUAUAAUAAAUCAACGUGUUGUUUAAACCUUAAAAAUUACAUAACCAAAAUGAUGCAGCAAAGUGCUCUAUUACUAACCACCAUCAUGAUCAUCUCCUGCGGAGUGGCAUUCGCCUGCAAUGGAAAGAUUAUUGCAUCGGGCAUCACGACGGAAGAGAGAUCAAUCAUCUUGCAGGAGCACAAUCGCCUCCGGCAGCUCGUGGCCACGGGACGCUAUCCGGGUCAGCCGGGUGCCGAGAAUAUGCGUGAGAUCGUCUGGGAUGACGAGCUGGCUGCCCGUGCCCAGAAAUGGGCUGAUAACUGUCAGUUCCGUCACGAUCCACACCGCACAAUAAAUCGUUUCACGAUGGGUCAGAAUUUGGCCAUCAUCUGGAGUACGGCUCCUCUGGACGCCGAUGACGGUGAUUUCCCCUCUCGCAUUCAAAGUUGGUUUAACGAGGUUCAGAAGUACUCCUUCGGAGAUGCCUGGUCCCCCAAAACUGGUCACUAUUCCCAAUUGGUUUGGGGUGAGACCAGCUUGGUGGGCUGUGGAUUUGCAGAGUACAAGGAUACCAGCAAAUACAACAAGCUCUACGUCUGCAACUACGGACCUGGUGGCAACGUGGUCGGCUACAAUCCCUAUGAGGUUGGCAAGCCCUCUUGCUCCACCUACGGCAUGAAACCCUCAUCCCGCUACCAAGGACUCUGCGCUGCUCCCGGAUCUUCGCCAGCGGCUAACAGCGUUUAUGGAGCGAACACAAUUGAAACGUAUGAGUACGGCUAUAAGAGCAGCCCUCCCAGCCAAACCGCCAAUAACAAUCAGCCGACUAACAACAUUAACAACAACCAGCUCAGCUAUAACAAACCCAAGACCGUCCAACCCUACAAACCCAAUCCCUCCCCAUUCAACCCACAGGCAGCGGUACCAUCAACGUCGUCCAUCGGCGGCGGCAGUUCGUUCGGCAGCGCCACGAGGGGCGGCAGCCACGCCUACACAACGGAACCAUCGCAAUCGGCUGGCCGGUAUCAGCACAAAUACGAGGCGUAUCGGCCAAGUGCGGCCGAGUUCGAGAAGUCCGUACUCAAGCAUACCGUACUACGCACCUAUAUAGAGCAGAAUCAGCAGCGGCAGGAACAGCAGGUGGAACAGCAGGAUCAGCAGCAACAGCAGGAACCCUCCAGCACCAAGAAACCAAGUCGUGGAUGGAGCCUACUCACAUGGCGCGGUUGAUUUAAAAACCACAGCCGCAUCCAUUUGCCAAUCCAAAAUGCCGCUCAAUGUAUUAGGCCAUUAAUAGCUACUGUGUAGUGCCAUUAGCCAAAACCACCAGGAUCAAUCAUCAUCAUCUUAACACCUUCUGUCCAUCGCCUUGAACCCCUAAAGAAUUUUAUUUAAAUAUCCCAACAAUUGCCAUGUGAAUUAUAGUUAUUUCCCAUUUUUGAAAUUUUGGCUUGUUAAGUAACAAAAAUAAAAAAAAAAGUGUAAGAGGCGGAGGACUGUUCAUGCAAGAGACCAGUACUUGUACAGACGAAUAUUUGUAUCAAAUGUUUGCCACUCAUCCAAAAUUGUCAUCCUGUUAAACCAACCAAUCCGGCAUUCAACAUCGAUCAGCUAGUUGUAGUAUUGUGUUCAAUAAAACAAGAAAAUUGAUUUGUAAA